UUAGCCACACAACAGAACAUGAAAGAGAAAAGAUAGCACUAGGAACUUGCACAAGGACCGUUGUUCAAUCUACAACCACAAAAGAUUACGGAGGAUAAAUCUUUUUUUUUCCCUUUUCCUACCUAAUUGUUUAUCAAGGUCAUAGGUCACUUUUCCUCCCUUGAUAAAAUCUUACUUGUUUAACUCUCUCGUUUAAUCGGUCACAUUUGCUUGUGAUCGUAUUUAACAACCCGUCUCUGUGGUCGCUAUCAGGGAAUAAAAAAAAAAAGAAAAAUAAGCCUAAGCGGGGUAGAUUUCUUCAAUCGCUUUUACUUAUCGUCAUCUCUAUCGUCAUCUGCAUCUAUAUCAGCAUCAGAUCAGCAUCAGAUCAGCAUCCCAUAUCUCCUUCCUACGGUCGGCGAUAGACAAAAAGGAGUAGAAUAACAAAAUCCAAUAUCCAAGAUGGUUUCCGCAUCUAAGGAAAAGAGACUUGCCAAGAAGGCUGCCGAUGGCAAGGGCGAGAAGAAGACUCUUGUCUCCAGAUCUAAGGCUGGCUCUAAGGCUGCAUCUCAAAGCACCAGCGCUGCUGGCUCCGUCGCCGGCGAUGACCCUCCUGAUCCCAACGAUGUUCCCGCGACCGACGAUUCUAAGAUGGAGAAAGUCAAGGCACUUGCUGACCAAAAGGACAAGCAUGGCCUCUCCGAUCGUAUCACCACUGGUGUCCUGGCAUCCGUGGUUACCAGCCGAGACGUGAAGAUCAUCAGCGCCAGUUUAACUUUCCACGGCCGUGUCCUCCUCAACGAAACCAACCUUGAACUUUCAUUCGGACGCCGAUACGGAUUACUGGGCGAGAACGGUUGCGGAAAGAGUACCCUACUUAAGGCUAUUGCUGAGCGAGAGUACCCCAUUCCCGAUCACGUCGACAUUUAUCUCCUUAAUGAGGGUGCACCGCCCUCUGACUUAGGUGCCCUUGAAUGGGUCCUGAAGGAAGCGGAAAAGGAGAUGGAUCGUCUAGACAAACUAGCAGAGCAGCUGCUUGAAGAUGAAGGCCCCGACAGCCCUGUAUUGAUGGAUAUCUACGAGCACAUGGAUAAGAUGGACCCUUCUACCUUCGCCACCCGAGCCUCUCUUAUCCUGACGGGUCUUGGAUUCAACAAGGAGACCAUCCACAAGAAGACAAAGGACAUGUCUGGUGGUUGGCGUAUGCGUGUUGCCCUUGCUAAGGCCCUCUUCGUCAAGCCUACCUUGUUACUUCUUGACGACCCGACAGCGCAUUUGGAUCUUGAAGCCUGCGUGUGGCUUGAGGAAUACCUGAAGAAGUGGGAGCGUACACUGAUUCUCGUCUCUCACUCUCAGGAUUUCCUGAAUGGAGUGUGUACCACCAUGAUUGACAUGCGAAAGCAACAGCUCAUGUACUACGGUGGUAACUUUGACUCUUACGUCAAGACCCGCAAGGAACAAGAGACCAACCAGAUGACGGCCUACAAGAAGCAGCAGGAGGAGAUCAAGCACAUCAAGGAGUUCAUCGCCAGCGCGGGUACCUACGCCAACUUGGUGCGACAGGCUAAGUCCCGACAGAAGAUUCUUGACAAGAUGAUUGCCGAUGGUCUUAUCGAGGAAGUCAAGGAAGAGAGGGAAUUCAAGUUCAGAUUCACAGACGUCGACAAGUUACCCCCUCCCGUCCUAUCAUUUGACGAUGUCACGUUUUCGUACUCAGGCGAAGCCAAGGACGACCUGUACCGCAACAUCGAUCUCGGUUUCGACAUGGACUCCCGAACAGCCCUUGUCGGCCCCAACGGUGUCGGAAAGAGUACGCUACUACGUCUAAUGACCGGAAAGCUCUCUCCGACCAGUGGAUCCGUCCGUCGACACACUCAUCUGAAGCUCGGCUUGUACUCUCAACACAGCGCUGAGCAGCUCGACCUAACCAAGAGUGCUCUAGACUUUGUCCGUGAUAGGUACCGCGAUAAAUCGCAGGACUACCAAUACUGGCGACAAUGCCUCGGUAGAUACGGAGUCUCCGGUCCCGUUCAAACCGCGCUGAUGGGCACGCUGUCUGAAGGUCAAAAGAGCCGAAUCGUCUUCGCUCUGCUUGCUAUUGAUUCGCCAAACAUGCUUCUCCUCGACGAACCUACAAACGGUCUAGAUAUCCCCUCCAUCGAUGCUUUAGCAGACGCUAUCGAGGCAUAUAGCGGCGGUGUAAUUGUCGUUUCUCACGACUUUAGAUUGCUCGACAAGAUUGCAAAGCAAAUCUUGGUGUGCGAGAACCGAACGAUCAAGCCGUGGGACGGUUCGAUAGGAGAGUACAAAAACUACCUGCGCAAGAAGAUGUUGGCUGCCGGUGCAGUUUAGGAUCUAUCAUUUUCCACGAUUCCCAUUUAGCCCGGUUAAUUAUGCACUGAUGCUCUCGUUCACGAGUGAUGAUCGUACUAUAAAGGUGGUACGGAAAAGGAGAGCGCAUACGUACAUACAAGGUCGCGGCUCGGAGGUCUAUAGAUUGGGCAAACGAGGCAUAGAGCCGCAACAGCCUUGAAUUUAAAAAGCUUUGCUUUCAAAGGGGGCUUUUCAGGAACCGCGGAGAGCCGGCGCGAAUAUGCGCCGCAAUUUCGCACAUAGGGAUAGACUAGGUAACUUAGAUGAAUUUAAAAAAAUAUUUCUGCCUUA